CCCAGCAGGCGGCUCCCGCGGGCGCCGGUUCCCGGCGGCGGAGCUAGGAACCAGGAGCGAACGAGAGAGCGGCGGGCACCAGGUGGCUCCGGACGGACCGAUGCGAGCCAAACGAUGACCAGUUGUGGCCAGCAGCCCCUCCACGUGCUCACUGUCCUCUUCUCACUGCUGGUUUCCACAGUCUUGUCCACGCACUUCCGCGUCUGUGAGCCCUACACGGACCACAAGGGCCGCUACCACUUCGGCUUCCACUGCCCCCGGCUCUCGGACAACAAAACCUUGGUCCUGUGCUGUCACCAUAACAACACGGUCUUCAAGUACUGCUGCAACGAGACCGAAUUCCAGGCGGUGAUGCAGGCCAACCUCACGGCCGGCUCCGAGGGCUUCAUGCACAACAACUACACGGCCCUGCUGGGAGUGUGGAUCUACGGCUUUUUCGUGCUGAUACUGCUGGUCCUGGACCUCUUGUAUUACUCGGCCAUGAACUACGACAUCUGCAAGGUGUACCUGGCGCGCUGGGGCAUCCACGGACCAUGGAUGAAGCAGGAUCCCCGGCGGUGGGGGAAUCCUGCCCGGGCCCCACAGCCCCAGCCUCCUCCGGGCCCCCUGCCGCAAGCCCCCCAGGCCGUGCCCACGCCGCGGGGAGACCCCCACAGCCCACCGCUGAUGACCUCCCAGGGCUCGUCUGCCUGAAAAUCCUUUUGCCUCUGGAUGGGGGAGGUGAGACCCACAGCAGCUGGUGCAGCCUCCAGGAAGAGCGACAUCUCCAGGGAGGCCCAAGGCGGUGGCGGUGGACGGCGGGGGGGCCCCUGGCGGCCCAGAGACUCCUCCUCGGACUCCCGAGCUGGGAGGGGGCAGGGAAGGAGGCAGAGCCCCCCAGCCGCAAGCAAUAGUCAGUCCCUUCUGGGCUGGGGGCUCCCGACAGGGCCGCUCGCUGGUCGCAGACGACGCACCCGGAGCCCCGAGCCAGUAGGCCUCGGUCCACUGCCCGUCCGUGUGCGUGCGCACGUGUGAUUCACCGUGUUCCUUCUGUGCUCUUGAUUGGGUGGGUGGGUCUUGCUGGCACUCUCCUCCUUCGGGGAUGCUGGAGCCUUGCGAGCACGGCCAGCUUGGUCCCUGUGGCAUUUGUUGCUGUAAUGACAGUAACCCCGGGGUAGCUCUGUCGUGCCCGGGGGGGGCAGGGGGCAAUGUGCCGAGCUCCUGGGGAAGUGGUGUACAGUGGGGAACAGGCACCCAGGGAGAGGCCCCCUGCUAGGGGAGGGGGAUGAAGACCCUGACUCCGGGUAGGACUUGCUGCCCUGCCCGGGGCCCUGGCUCCAUCCCCGGAGCCUCUCUCUGAUGCCUUUCGGCGGGGACCAUCCCCCUGAGCUCUCCACUGGCACUGCCCAGAGCUCUUCUCUACUCAGCACCUGCCUGGUGCAGGCCCCACUUUGGCCAGAGGAGGGAGUGAACGACGCUCCAGGGCCCUCCUUGGGGUCGACGGAGCUUCCCCGUCGGGCAAGAGAGAAACAAAUGCGUGGGUACUUGUGGACAGGGAUUUGAGGGUGCUGGGCACCCUGAGCAGAAGGUUCUAGAAAUCUGUCCCCUUCGAGGUGGGACUUCCACAGAACCUGGGUGCCCAUGACAUCUGCCCACCUGCUGUGGUCACCCACUCUGCUGCCCCGGGGUACUCACGCAGCAGCAUACGCCCGGGAGGUGACCACAUGGGUCCCCAUGCUGCCAGUGUAGACACAAGUCCUGCCACAGUGUUAGUCACACCCGGGUCUGCCCGGCUCAAUAAACACGUAUCCACUCUG